AUGUCUGAUUGCGGCGAUAUUGAGGUGGUAGAAGGUUUUUCUCGCCUCAUGGCUCUCAAGGCAUUUUGCUUCUCAAGGCAUCGUCUUUCCCUGCUAGAGGACCUUGGGCCCCCUGCAAGUUUGGAGGCCCUAAGGUUGCAUGGCUGCGAGAAUGAGUACCUUCCAGAUUCCUUCUACGACAUGUCUUCCUUAACAAGCCUUGAGCUGAAUGCCUUUGACCGAAGAGAUUCCCAUGUGGUGGACAUCUCGCAGCUGUCGCAGCUGAGGGUGCUGAAGCUGAACCGCGUUGGGGUAAAAUGCUCGGCUGCAUUGUGCUGGAAGCAGUCGAGCGAGGAGCAGCUGGACUUAUUUUCCGAAGGAGAAGGUCGAAAACUCCCACUUCUUUUGCCUUUCAUCCCUUGCCUGCUGGGCUUAGCGAGUGAGAAGCUGGAGAUGUUGGAAGAGCUGAAGCAAGUCGUGCUACAGAAGGAGGUGGAGAAGCUAGAGCAGUUGGAGCAGUUGGAGAUGCGUUUACACAACGACAAUCGGGAGCUCCCAUUUUUUUUUGGCUUUCCUCCCUCGCCUGCGCAACUUGCUGAUAGAGGCGCUGGGAAUCCGCAGCCUCCCAGUAAACAUGGCAGCGGCAUUGCCACAGCUGCGGCAGCUGCACCUUCUUUCUUGGACACCGGAGGACCUGCCUGA